AUGAAGACAUUAACUGGCUUGCUUCUUGUGGGUCUUCUAGCCCUCUGGACAGGAUUACCCUUCACAUCUUCCAGGGUUCUGUUUGGAACCGGUAUUUGCCCAGGAAAUCCAUUUCAGUGCUCUUUACCUGGAAUUAAUAGUUGCAGGAGGGAUUAUGACUGCCCUCAGACCCUACGUUGCUGUAAUUUCAGAUGUAGCACAAGUUGUAGAUUCCCACCAGUGAUUCCUUGGAGUUGCCCACGAAAUCCAUUUAAAUGCACUAUCCCAGGAAUACAUCGCUGUCGUUAUGACUAUGAUUGUCCAGGAAGACAAAGGUGUUGCUACUAUAAUUGUUCUAGGAUCUGUAAAUAA